UCAAAUACGACACCGUCAAGCAUGGACUCGGGUCCUACGGGUAGAUUCCGGACAGCCCGCAACAUGCCGUCAUGGGUGACCGAAAGCAGCGACCGUGUAGGUCCACCACCUCCACCACCCCCCGUCAUCGCCACCGAUCCCGAGUAUGAGGUCAUCGAUGUGGCGAACCAGCAGUAUUCCAACGCCCCGCCGCCAGUACCGCUGAAAUCACCAGACAUCAAACGACUCACCGUGAUGAAGUGCGAUCUUUGUGGCUCCGUCUCGCCGAUCGUUCGCUGUGAACAGUGCGACUCGAACCUCUUCUGCGCCUCCUGCGACGAUCGCUACCAUCGUCACCCGAAACGUCAAACGCACGCCAGAAAGCCCAUUGAUCCGCCACCGCCAACGCCACCGAGCACGGUGAAGCCUCCGCUGCCACCGAAAGGCGAGGCCGGAGUGGGCGGCCCGUUGCCGCCGCCGAGGAAAAACAAGCGCCCCGGAAGCUUCCACUUUCCUAGUCCUAUGAUGGGCCGCAAGCAGGACCAGACAAUCCCCACAACAGUUCCGCAAGGGCAACCGGAUCAGCAGCAGCAACAACAACAGCAACAGAAGCCACCCCCUCCGCCACCAAGUCCGGCACUUUCAUUACGGGAAAAGAUGAACUCCUUGAAGCGUUUCAUUCAUCCGUCUAACAGGCCUUUACCCGAUCCACCGGAGAACAAAAUUCAUUCUUCCAACUCAUCGCUAGAUACCGUAUCGAAGCGAUCGCCAUCGGUCGGCAUGAGCCGAUCCGUGUCGACCACGAUGGAAAAGAUCCAGAACAACACGGCCGCCACGUUGGAUCGGAUGACGCUGCUGCAGCAACGCUACCGGCAGCACCAGGAGACGAUGAAAUCCGGCGACGGAGACCGCAGCCGCCGGGCCAGCUUAACGUCCAACACGGACCUGCAGUCAUCCGCUACCGAAUCGUCAAACAGCUUCCGCAGCAGACCAACGUCGGCCACUUUUCAGCAACCGCAUCCGCAGCACCAGUUUCUUCAGGUGUCGCCCCACGUCGGCGGACCGAUGCAUCAGCAGGCGCACCUGCAGCAACGUUGGCUUCAUCCGCCGGCACCCAGAAUACGAUCUGGCAGUGUUGCGUCGGGCAUCAAUCUGCUUCCCGGCGCACCGACCGGACUAGCGCCGGCUCUGAAUGCCAGUAAUGCACCACCUGCAUCUGUUUCUCCCACGCAGCGCUCGGAGUUUGGCGACUCGCCCCCGAUGAUGCCGAACGCACCGCGGAGUCUCAGCACGUCCGUCUUUAAUCUGCACCAACCGCCACUGCAGCAGCCAAACAUGUGGGGAUUCAACCCGUUGCAUCAGGCCCAAUCGAUGGCGCACUUUAACCCGAUGCAGUGGAACCAGAUGAAUGCCUGGAUGGCCCGUGGUUCGCAGAAUGGUUCCAACAUGAGUCUUAACCUUCCGUCGCCUUCACCACACGGAUUCCCACAGGACCCGUCCGGCUAUCCGCCGGCAUGGGCGAACGCUUGGGGAGGAAUGUACCCAUACCCGAUGGGAAUGAUGCCAAUGAUGCCAGGUGUCGCAAUGCCACCGCCACGUUCACGCGCAAACUCCCGCUCUCGGGCCGCAUCGCCGGCGUUGAGUGUGAAGUCACGCAAGUCGACCAUGUCCAUGCGGAACCUCAACCGGAACAGCUUCGUCGACGAUCUGACCGAUGACGAGGACUCCGAGGACGAGUUCCGCCGCUCGCGAGGACGUGGUACCGAUCGUCGGCGCCGCGAGCGUCUCAACUCGACCAGCAGCAUCGACUUCGACGAGCCGGAACCGCCGAACCAGGCGUUUGUGCGUGCGUCCAGCGUGAAACAUUCGCGCUUCAACCGUGAUCGCCGUGGCGGAGGAUCGUCGGCACGUUCGUUGAUCGAUUACCCCGUGUCGCGCAAACCGGCCGCUGCCAACCGGUACGAGCGGGAGGAGUUCGGUGCACGGGAGCGGUUCGACAAGAUGGCCCUCGCGUCACCUUCACGUAAGCCACCGUCGGAUUCGUACACCAACGAGUCGGAUGCGGAACCGGAAGGAACCCGGCGAGUAGCCCCGUCAACGCCGGCGGGUCGAACACGCUCGAGCAACGAUGGGUUUAGCUCACCUCGGAAGGUCACUUCCGAUUCGCUGACGAACGACUCCGAUGCGGACUUCGAGCGACGACGGCAGGCGAAGUUGCGUGCGGCACAGAACAAUCUGUCCGCCUCGGCACGACGACCCACGUCCGACUCGCUGACGAACGACUCCGAACCGGAUCACGAUCGACGCAGGUUGGCUGGAAAGGCCAACAAGCAACCCGGUGCGGUUCCGGCCAAAAAGCAAAGCUCCGACUCCGAUGGACGCGAUCGGCAGCGCAAGAUAAGCAGCGACUCUAAGGCGAGUGGCGGAGGAAAGGCGCCCGCCGCCGCGCCGGUGCCGAAGAAAAUUCCUUCCGACUCGCACACUCCCGACACGGACGGAGAGCAAAAGCGACGGUUCGCCACGAAACAGCAACGGCAGCGGAAGCACUCCAGCACCGAGUUCAUUGCAAACGAUUCCGACGAGCAGGAGGAGCAAACCCGUGGCAAGGGUAAGGCGGGAAAAGCACGAACCCCGCCGGAAAAGCCCCCCCAGCAGCAGGUCGUCAACGGGCUGCUCGAGUUCCGGACCAUCUCUCCGGCGAAAUCGGACUCCGACGAGCAGCGGCACCUGAAGACGGUCGAGAUCAAAAAUAUCAUCAACGAGGACACGCGACCCGAGGUGGAGGACUUUGGGCGCUCGGUGCUGGAGGACUCCCCGCCGCCACCGGCCCCGGUAGCCCCCAACUGCGAGUGGCAGUGCGAGUUCUGCACAUACGUCAACGAGCCCGGCGUGAAGAUCUGCGCCAUCUGCUGCAAAACGGCCACGAUCGGCGUGGUGAGCGGUGCCGGGAGCAGCAACUUCGACGGCACGAACACCCAGUCACGGUCUCCGCCACCGGACGUCGUGCAGGAGGUCCCCCAGGUCACCGAAGUGAAGCUGCAGCUCGUCCCACCACAGAAACCCACCGUCAACGGUAAGCCAACAGCACCGACGGAAGCGAAGAAGAAAGACGACGCCGGUCAAUCUGACGUUGACGACGAGGAGGACGACGAGAUGGACACCGGGAUGACGGUGGAGGGCGGCGUUGGCAAGCCGGGUGGUGGUGGUGGUGGUAAUGGUGUUGGCAAUGGGUUUGACCAACAGGGUAGCACAGUGAUGCCGCCGAAAGCGGCUGGCAAGGAGGAACAGGUUGAGAAAAAAGUCGUUAAGGAAAAAGUAUCCACUGGUUGCGGGCCUUCUCCGCCGAGGGAAAUCGUGGUGGAAGCGAAGCGAAACGCCCUGCCCGAUGGGGAACGAUCAGGCAUGAAGGCUUCCACAGGAACGUCACCGCCACCGCAAGAUAUGUCCACACAGACCUACGACUCGUUCGAACAAGUACGUGAAGAAAUCGCCGCCCUAGAGCAAACGGUGGAUAAACCGAUCAACAACAGGGUCGAGGAAAAAUCAUUGCAUCAGCAACACCACAAUCAGGACCACGGGUCAUCGCUGUACAAGCGGUCGUACUCGCUCGCCACGCCACAGCUGCUGCAAGUGGAUCGUCCUGCCAGCCGAAACAGCAUCUCUAGCGACACACAGAGUCUACCACCAUCACCACACGAGCUGAGCCCUCAGCCGGGCCUGCAGAGCUCUACUCGUUUUCAAGCAAACACCGCACUGAAUCAACCGACCCAUCCGAACCCAUCAACAUCCACCACCGCAUCGUCAUCAUCCGUACACUACGGCCAGCAGCAGGAUGAAACCCUGUCCUACCUGGAUCGUGCCAUCCAUCAGAUCAUACAGACGGCUGCGAACCAGUCGCGCGGUGCCUCAGGUGGGCGUCCGGCCACGGUCCACGAUAGUAAAUAUCGAACUGUCGGUGAUCUACGCCGAAUCGAGGAGCCGCAGCCAUCGGUGGCCAAGGUGGUCCCGGCAGCCCCGGUCACCGUGGCCCAGACGCAGCCAAAGAAAACAAUGCUCGUAAAUACUAUGGAUGAUCAGAUAGAUCCGGAAGAGAUCGUGCAGCAAGGACAGCCUGGAUUGUUGGUACAGAAUGGAUCGGGCAAGGAGGAGCCGUCGGAGAUGACACUUCUCUUGAGGGAAGCAGAACGGUACCAGUUCAGCGCCGAAGAGUUACAGGCCGCUCUCAAUCACUGCGGGGACAAGCACCCGGUUCAGUGGCUACGCGGAAACUGGAAUAAACUGAUCGAAACCGUACAAACGCUGGCUACGAAGUAUGGGCACGAAAAGCGUGAAAACACCAUCGGAACCAUCUCGACCACCGAGGCACGGGAGGCCCUCCGACAGCAUCGUGGUAACAUCUGGCGAGCAAUCACCGAGUGCAUCGAACAGCGGCAACGCAAGUACCGCGAGAUUGCCAAGCAGGGUAACUUUACGCGCGAAGACAUUGUCACCAGCCUGACGGCGCAUCAUGGCAACCUCGAGCUGGCCAUGGUCGAGCUGAGCAAGACGCAGCUCAAGCCGUUCCUGAUGCGCAUCUGGGGGCCCCCGAACGGGGCCGACAACGACAGCGGGAACUUACCGCUGCUCCAGCAGGCCCUCAGAGAGGAUCGGAGUGGAAUCAAUAGCGAUAUUCAACAGUUCAUCAGUGCCCACGUGGAGAAGGAGUUGCUUGGAGAAGAUGGGUGUUCUAUAAAGCAAACAGUACUGGAGGAACCGUCCGUGAUCGCAGACGGGAUCGACGAGAAGUUGCAAGAGCCUGAAGAACAAACCGAACCAGAGAUUGCCACACUGACUUCGACUCAGGAUGCCGACCAGCGAGAAGAGGUAUGUGAAGAGCUCACGUCGAACUCGUGCAACACCGAAAUAUUAAAGGACAUCGAAGCGCUGAUCCAACAAAUGGAGCGUAACCAGGAGUCCAUGAAUGCGCCAGUGCUGCGCAAUAUCCAGCAGCUGCUGACGCAGCUGGUCCACACUGACCCAGAGCCGCAGAGUUCACGCUCACCGUCCGUCAACUCGGUACGUUCGCAGUCGGAUGACGGGACCUCACCGACAACACCACCAACUCCCACCGCUUCCAAAGCUAACGCAAAGGCUUCCAAAACUACUAAAUCGGAUGCGAAAAAGAAAUCCACCACCACCACCACUACCACCACACCCACUACCGCCGAUCCCUCUGGGCGCAAGCAGUCGAUUGUGCGCAAGAAAUCCACCGGUAGCCCAUUCGGGACGGUGCAAACGAACACGGUCAAGGCGAUGCAGAAAGAGUUCCUCAGCAAAGCGAAGGACUCGCCCAAACCAAGCACCUCCAAGGUGACGCCCAAACCGUCCAAGCUGGUGCAGCCGAAAGUCUUCACCAAUGUUCGCGCAUCGCCCCCGUCGUCGUCGUCCAAAGCUUCCACACCGGCCUCGGAUGGUGCCUCAUCGUCUAGGUCCACUCCUGUGCUGACGGGUGCACCGGAUGAGCCCGGUCCCAGCACAAGCAGCUCGUACACGUGCGAGAAGAUGCUCAAGAAAAAGUAUCGCGAAACUUGCUUUAGUGACGACUACCAGACAACGGACGAUGAGGACGAGAGCCGCAUGACGAUCACCGAAAGCGAGAGGACGAUUAUCAAGAGUCUGGUCAAACCGUACGAACCGGACAGUGAUCCGCCAGAAAUCCAAGCGAAAAAGAUUUUGGAUGAUGGUCUGGUUCAAACCCUUACCCAAGCGGAGCUCGCCGUUCAAUUGAUCGAGCUGCGGUACGCGAGGGAUAGCGCGAUCUGGGCCGCCACGCAGUGUCACACAAUCGAUGAAGCAAAGGAUCUUCUGCAGAAGGAGUGCGAACUAUGCCUGGGUGUAUUUCCAAUGAACGAAAUCGUCUCCAUGCUGAAAUGUACCCACACGUGUUGUCUCGAGUGCGCCAAGGAGUACUUCACACAGGAGAUCACUAACCGAUCGAUUACGAACUGCAACUGCCCGUACUGCAAGGAGCCAAACUUGAACGGAUCAGAUGUUACGGAGGAUGACGUGCUGGAGUACUUCUCCAACCUGGACAUUCUUCUGAAGAGCAUUGUCGACGAGGAAGUGCACGAUCUGUUCCAGCGAAAGAUUCGCGAUCGUACGCUGACGCAGGAUCCGAACUUUAAGUGGUGCGUCCACUGUUCGAGCGGUUUCUUUGCGCGACCAAAGCAACGUCGGCUGACCUGCCCCGACUGUGGCUCAAUUACUUGUGCGUCGUGCCGUAAACCGUGGGAAUCGCAGCAUGAAGGACUCACCUGCGAAAAGUAUGCCGAGUGGAAGGAAGCGAACGAUCCGGAGCUCCAGGCAGAAGGCGUCCAGCGGCACCUACAGACGCAUGGUAUCAGCUGCCCAAACUGCAAGUUCCGCUACUCGCUGGCCCGUGGUGGUUGCAUGCACUUCACCUGCACGCAAUGCAAGUUUGAAUUUUGCUAUGGCUGCAAUAAGCCAUUCAUGAUGGGAGCGAAGUGCAGUGUGUCACCAUACUGCGCCAAGUUGGGACUACACGCGCACCAUCCGAGGAACUGUCUGUUCUACCUUCGCGACAAAGAACCACGAGACCUACAGAAUCUACUGCUGAUGAAUAAUGUGUCUUUCGAUACGGAGCCGUCGGAAAUGAUGAAACAGGAACAUAUGAACGGACAGAGUACCAUUCCGAAGUGUCCCAUUCCGCUUCAGAAGGAAACACCGGCUGGCCUCAUGGAUAUGAUCUGUAGUGCCGAGGUGCCAGAGAAACAUGCGGGACUAUGCAGAACCCAUUACGUUGAAUAUUUGGUCAGUACAGUAUCGAAAGCGCAGAUCGAUCCGCUACCGAUACUGGAUCUUACCGAUUGUGUCCAGGAGUUGCGCAGACGCGGCAUACCACUCCCGGAACGGGGUCCCUGGGACACCGAUGUUAUUUAUCGGGAGAUGUGCCAGAAGAUCGUCAAGGAGCAAAUACCGCUUAACAACUGAUGCACAUCUUCGUCUCCUGGGUGUCCAAUAUUCCUGACCGUUUGUCACGACGUGUGACAGUAUUGCCGCUAGAGCUACAAAAGGCCGCCUAUCGACUUAAACAAUACUAUCUUAGUUCUCUUUUACAACCAUUAUUAAUAAAAUGAAGAACGAAAGCGAAACUACACUCUAUACACGAUCAUCAUUUGGAUGUCUUUUCGUCGAAA